ACAAACAGAGAGAAAAUGGCUUGCUUCUUCUCAAAAGAGUCUGUUCUAGUCAUUCUUCUUUUAGGAAUUUGCUUGGUUAGUGAAGCUCAACAAUGUCGUCCGAGCGGAAGAAUUAGAGGAAGGAAGCCCCCUCCUGGACAAUGUAACACGGAGGAUGACUCUGACUGCUGUAAAGCUGGAAAGAUGUACCCAACCUACAUUUGCUCACCACCCACGUCCGGUAACACUCGGGCAUAUCUCACUCUCAACAGCUUUGAGGCAGGUGGUGACGGAGGAGGCCCAUCCGAAUGUGACGGCAAGUACCACAAUGACAACACUCCGGUUGUUGCAUUAUCCACCGGAUGGUACAAUGGUGGAUCAAGGUGCCUUAACAACAUCAGAAUUAACGGUAAUGGGCGUAGCGUGGUGGCCAUGGUGGUGGAUGAGUGUGACUCAACUGAGGGAUGUGAUGCAGAUCAUGAUUAUCAGCCUCCUUGUCCAAACAACAUUGUUGAUGCUUCCAAGGCUGUCUGGAAAGCCUUAGGCGUAUCUGAGGACAAUUGGGGCGGCUUGGAUAUUACGUGGUCCGACGCUUAGUUACAUUACAGAUGCUUAGUUUCAUUACAGUUUGUCUAGAUUGUUACAUGUUGUUCUUUUUUUUCGGGUGUGAUGUUGCUUAUUAUUGUUGUAUAUGUGUGCUUAUGUAUGUGGAAUUUAAUAUAUUUACAUUAUCGAAGGUUAAUAUAAAAUAC